CUCUCUCUCUCUCUCUCUCUCUCUCUCUCUCUCUCUCUCUGUAAUACUGUAAUUCAGUACAUUUUGUGUCUAAUAUUCAUGCUGGAGAUUAAUUUAAAGGAAAGGUUAGAAAGGGGGACCAAUUUUUCACGCGCAUUUUAAUCCUCUCUUUCUUCUUUCUAUUUCUACUAUGCGUCUACAUGUUCGCAAAGUUUAAUCUUUACCUUCUCGAUCCAUUUAUCCAUCCAUCCUACCUGCCGAAUGUUCAUAGAUCUCUUCAUCUCUCUCGUUCUGCUUCUUAUUCUUUAUCUCUCUUUUUCUCUCUCUCUCUCUCUCUCUCUUUUUCUAUAUGGAUAGAUUUUUUUUCGUUCGUUCGUAUUAACACUGUCGUCGUGAGCCAGUGAAUUCUGCAGUCGCGAAAAAAAAGCGAUUCACGAAAAGCAAUAACUCAAGGGCCAACCUACGAUUAAGACAACGACAACGAUGACGUAAAGAAACGAAGGGACACAGAAAGAACAAAAAGAGAAAAAAAAAAGGAGAAAAGGCAGAGAAACGAGGACACCUCGACACCUUCAUUGAAGAACGGUUCGCGUCACCGAGCGUCACUUACCGCCCCAGAUAUUAGCUUCAGAAUGAAGAAUCUCAUAAUUCUUAUGUAGACGAUGGUUCAGCGUUUUAUUAAAUAAAAAAUUUAUUAUCUAUAAAAACACAAUUUUACGUGUUAGGUAAUAAGUCUGCACUAGAGGUGAGAGACGACGGGUCUCUCGACGAAUAAAGGAAGAAUUUAAAAGGGAAAAGAGAGAAGGGGAGAGGGAGAGAAAGAGGGAUUGGUUCGAUCUUCGAUAAGGAUGACAUAAUGUCGAAGCGGGCAUGACGGCGCUGGCCUCGAGAUGCGACGAGACCACCACUCUCUUGCUAUUGUUAUUACUCGAACUGGCACCUGGUGUAAGGUGUUACCCGCGCUCUUCGAUCGGCGCGACAUCAGAGGCGUCCUCCAACGACGGUGGUACGUCGUCCUCCGACGUGAGUUCCUCAGCCGCGACGAGAUAGCAUCCGCAGAGCACGGCGAGGGUGCGAGUGAUGAUCCCGCCGCUCCUUGGCAACAUUAUGUCUAUCGACGACGCCGGUAGCUCGGCAACGGCGUCCACGAGCGUCUUCGAGGAGAACAUGACGUGGUCUCGUUCGACGAUUGCCGGCUCAACUACGUCUUCUUCUACGAUCAGUGAGGCCACCUCGAGAGGCUACGAGGAAACCAGAGAAGAACGAGAGAAGACAGAAACGAUUACUCGCCUUGCCGAUUUUGCUGUCGGUUGGACCGACUGGAACGGCACCGAGCGAAUAGAAGAAAGUAGAAGAGAAGAACAAAAGAACAAGUCGGUGGAAACUUCCAACGAUCCGACCAAGGAGAUCGGUGAACAGCCGAGAGGAAGAGAUCCCCUUAGUUGUGCCUGCGAAAGAGAAGAUUCUCUGAUUUCCAGGGUCUCCGAUAGGAGCACUUUUGAGAUCUUCACUGGAGGCUCGAGUCUUGGCGUCGAUCUUCUCUUUGACGUAACCUCCGACACGAUGGAAGACCUCGCCAUCUCUUCCUCAAACGACUCCAUCUUCAACGAGAGUUUACCAUAUGCCUCGAACAAGAGCUACGACAAUGAGACCUUGUUCGUUUUCGGUGAUAGCAUGUAUCCAUCGGGAUAUACUCUACCGCAUAUCAUCGUGGCCUCGAUCGUGGCUACCCUUUUGAUGAUAGUCAUCGUCGUUGGUAACAUGCUCGUGAUAAUUGCGAUUAUAACGGAGAAAGCACUGAAGAAUAUUCAGAAUUGGUUCAUCGCCAGUCUCGCUGUCGCAGACUUCUUUCUGGGUCUCAUCAUAAUGCCAUUCUCAUUAGCGAACGAGAUUAUGGGUUAUUGGAUCUUUGGCUAUUGGUGGUGCGAUAUAUACUCCGCGAUGGACGUGUUACUCUGCACGGCCAGCAUCAUGAAUCUCUGUCUCAUAAGUCUUGAUAGGUUCUGGAGCAUUACUCAGGCAGUGGAUUACUUGAAGAAAAGAACACCGGCCAGGGCGAUACUUAUGAUCGCCCUCGUCUGGCUAUUAUCCGCCCUCAUUUGUAUACCGCCGUUGCUCGGCUGGAAGAGGCCAACGCCGGAAGAGGAUUAUCCCAAAUGCAAGCUCUCAGAGGACAUCGGUUACGUUCUAUAUUCAGCUCUCGGGAGUUUCUACAUCCCUUCCUGCAUCAUGGUCUUCGUGUAUAUACGCAUCUACUUCGCGGCGAAAGCUCGAGCGCGCCGUGGAAUUCGGAAACAUCCACGGCCGCGACCGAUCUCGGUGCCACCGGAAUCGCCGGAUAUCAGACAAACGAGUUUCACGCAGAGCACUCCGGCGACCGAAAUGAGGAGGUCGACGGCGAGUGCCGGAGGUAGUGCCGGGACGCUUCUGGAAAACGUCGCAACGAUCGAAAAUCAGCCGGUCCAAAUACCGAUCGUUACCUGCGACUUCGCCAGUGACGUCAGCACGUCCGAGGCCGACCCUGCCGGUAGUAAUAAUAUACCUAUGGAGGAGAAAGACACCUUAAAGGUAACGAUACCCGUACCGGUUCAAAAGAGUAACCUAAAGGCAAGUUUGUCGGUAAACGGCGACGGUCAAUCGAGUCAGAGCGUACCGAUACGAUGCAGGGCACCCAGUGUUGGCAUCGACGUAGACAUGGUGUCGGAGUUUGAUCCUUCCUCAUCGGACAGUGGCGUCGUCUCGAGGUGUGCCGUGGUGAAGCCAUUAAAGCUGCGUCUUUGUCAACCGAUCUUUGGUCGGAAGACAACCGGUAAGUUGAAGAGAGAGCAAGCAGAAACUUCUCGACAUCAAGGAAAAGAAGAAAUCGUGAUCGAGCCGAAAUCGUCGAAACCGCGCGAUCCAGAGCGAGAGAAGAGACGAUUAGCCAGAAAGAAGGAGAAACGAGCUACCCUCAUCCUUGGAUUCAUCAUGGGUAGCUUCAUCGCCUGCUGGCUACCUUUUUUCCUUCUUUAUAUCGUGAAACCCUUAUUCCCGGAUCUCGAUAUACCUACCCAGGCAUUUGUCAUUGCCUUUUGGCUCGGUUAUAUGAAUUCCGCUUUGAAUCCUUUCAUCUAUACGGUCUUCAACAAGGAUUUCCGUCGGGCGUUCCGUCGUAUACUUUUCAAAUGAAAGAUAGCUUCUCUCCGUGAGGAUAACAAAUAGCAAAAUGUUCAAAUUCGAGCUAAUUUCUUCUCCCAAAAAAGAUCGAGAUGCCGACCUGACUCGGUUUCAAGAUCGAGGAGGAUCAAGAAAAGUUCUUGAGAAUGAAGCGUAAAACCUUCGGAGAGAAAUGAAAGGAAUUACUUUAUUACAUUCACUUAAACGAUGAAAUCUCAAGGAUACGUUCGCAAAUAACAACCGAUGAAUUUCAUAACGAUGGAAUUUAUUGAAUCGUCUCGAUAGUGAGUACUUUCCCGAAACCUUACACGUACACGAAGUAUCUUCCAAGAGAAUUAACAAAGGAUUCAAAAGCUCAUCGUCCUCGAUCCAGGAACAAUGCCGGCGUGAAUGAUGAACGAGGCUAAUGCACUAGUUCAGCGAAAUCAAGUGAAGCCAAAGAGCAAGGAGGGUGGAGGGUAACUGUCAAACCACUUACAAUUUCAGAGGAACGAACUAUCAGCUACGAAUUCCCUCUCGUCUCAUCUUCGAUAAAUUCGAGAUCAUGUGAACGACGACUAUGUACGUGUACGUAGGUACUUGUUAUUUCCUCCUCAAUGAUCCUCUAAAGCUUCCUGCUUUUCUUUCCUAAUGUGUCUCUCAUUCGUAUUCGUUUUCGUAAGCCAUCCUUUGGUGCAUCAAAGAACAAGGUCCUACGAGAACGAUUUGUCCUUCAUUUCUUCUUCUUCGUGUCUCUAUUUUUAGAAUUUAUCUUUAUCCUUGAAUGGAUCACAAUAUAUAGAGUCGCUUCACGAUCGAAAAUAGAUCUGGAUUUUUCCGCGUUUCAAUAUAUAUGAAUUUUUUUUCCUUAUCGAUUAUUACGUUCUGCACAAAUACGAUUAAAGUCGUCUCACUUUCAUUUUUAACCUAACGUAGCAUUCCCUUGGUAGCCCUUGGAAUAUCUGAAAAGAAAAGGACGUGCCAUGAUUGACGGAUCGUCGAAUGCGAGACGAGUGAAGGAAAGAGGGUAGAAGCCAAUAUGGAUUUCGAUGAUAAGGCUAUGGCAGAUUCGUUGGUCGGAUUAUUAGCAUAGACGUGUUCAAUACAGCAUUUCUCAUCCGUUUUAUCUCUCCCUCUUUUCUCUUCUUUUGUUGCACAAUCCUGGAAUUUCAAGCAUGUAAAAUUCACUGUCUACGAUAUCGGAAGGGUUGGCGUACUUCGCCCUCCAUUUUCAAUUAUUAUUCGUGUCUUCUUUCGUACACGUACAUAUGUACGUACGUAUAUUCAGACGUGCUACGUGCAUUCAAGCAACAUCUGUUUUAAUCUCAAUUCGUUCGACGGAACAUCGUUCGGUUGUUUCUAAUAAAAAAGAAAAAUAUACAUAUGUAUAUAUGUAUAUAUGUGUGUGCGUGUGUGUGUGUGCGUACGUACGAAGUGUGUUCCACUGGAUCGACGUCGAAAGAAUAUUUUUUACAAUAUCGCUUUUUUCGCGUUUGACGAUUUCCGAUGGACGAUUUUGAAAGAAAAACGGCAAGCUCGAACGAUUAUAAUCGAACGAUUAAAAAAGGUUCUCUAAAUAAUAAUUUAACUCCGCGUACGGAUCGAACAAAGGUAGGGCAUGAAAUUAACGCGUUAAAAAAUAACACGUUCAGAGGAGCGGACGAAAUGAUCGAUCGACUAUAAAACAAGUUACUGAGGUCCAGAAUGUUACUCUAAAAUCACUUCAUCGAGGUAUAUCACGCUUUAAGAUUUUUCAGCGAGCCGAGACGAAGCUUUCGUCGGAGCUUACACGUUCGAAUGACUUUCCCGAACGCGUUUCGAUGCUACGCUUAGUGGCCAUCAAAAUGCAUUUUACGAUUACAAACUUGAUCGACGAGCCGUUGACUCGAACGAAGAAAUAGUGAGAUAGAGAGAAUAUUUCGUUAAAAAUCUCUCUCUUUCUCUCCGAUUUUUAUUUUCUUAGCUCUUUUUAUUUUUCUGUUUAACUCUUAAAUAAUUAAAAAAUUAAUAGCACGUAAUACGAGAUGACCGGGAAUAAUAAGAAAGAUAACUAUUAAUGUCGAGAAUAACAUCGAUUAAAAAUCGAAAAGAACGAACUACUCUCACAGUUUGGUUUUUAACAAAACGCUGUGCGUUCGUUGAUAUAGAUUUAAGUGAUACCUAAAGGUUAGGGACUAAUGCGUAAAAAAUUAAAGUUGAUAGAAGGAAAGAAAAAUGGUAGAACUUUCUUGGCGAAUUUCGAUGAGAUACGAUUGUAAUUACACUUACGCAAGAACGCAAUUGCUUACGAACUAUGAUUAUUCGAUACGUGUAUUAACAAUAAGCUCGUCGCCUUAGGCCGGGCUGAUACAAUUUUUUGCAAACAAGGUUUUAAAAAAUCUUUUCUCUGUAUGUGUGUCAGUAAGUAUUAACAAAAUAUUUACAAUUAAUCUACAACAAACAAAACGAAGAGAUAAAACUCGAACGAUGUUACCUAAACAAUUAAUAUAAGACGAUUCCGAUUAGGUAUUAAUAAACAAAGAUAAUACAAAAUACAUUGAAUAUAUUAUUAUAUAUUACAUUACAAGGAGCCAUCGCGCGUAUUGUCCUAAAAUAAUAAAGAAAAGGAUAACAAGGGGAUAAAAACAUUAAUAAUAAUAAUAAUAAUAAUAAUAAUAAUAAUAUAGUAAUAAUAAUAGUAAAAUAAUAAUAAAAAAUAAUAAUAAUAAUAACACAAUAACAAUAACAAUAAUAUUAAUAGUAAUAAUGAAAUCUAAUAAUAAUAAUAAAAUAAUAAAUAAUAAUAUAACAAUACGAUCAUUACUGUUACUUAAACUAAUAACAAAUGAUACAGCACACACGAAGUACUGUACACGUACAUGAUUUAUCUUAAAAGGGAAAACAAAGGGCAUCGAUUGACAUACGAUCGUACACAUGCGUAUAUCGCAUACUUAUUGAUUAUUAUUAUUAUUGAUACUAUUGUCAUUAUCGUAAUGUUAUAUUAUUACAUGUUAUCAUUUUUAUUAACAUCAACUAAUCAAAGUCGCUAAUAGGGAUCCAAGGAUUUAUCUUGAUUAAUAUUUCCAUUGAAGUGUGUGCGUGCCCUCCGAACUUCAACUUCCGCCGCGACGUACAACCUCCAGAAUUUUGCGGUUUGCGCGAGAUCAUCGUUAAAUUUCUUAAAGAACGCUCCACUUCGAAGUUUAAUCGUCUAACAAGAAAAAUAACAAUUACAAAUCUAAUGAAAGGUCAGCGAUUGAAGUUCCUUAUUUUUUUAUUAU